CCGCCACCGUGCCCCCACACCCCGCGUGCUGUCGCCAUGACGGACGUUAUAGACGCAAAGCCUGAAGAGGCGAAGAAAGUGCCCCCUGAGGUGGAAGACGAAGAUUCCGGGGACGAGAGCGCACCGGAAGCCUCUGCUGCUGGCGGCGAGGCGACGAAGAAGAAGAAGAAAAAGAAGAAGCCUAAGAAGAAGAAAAAGGCUGCAGAGCAAUCCGAGCCUCCGCGUGUUGGCCUCUCAAAGCUUUUCCCCAAUGGCAUCUACCCCGAAGGCGAGAUCCAGCCGUACAAGGACGAUAAUGCCUACCGCACGACCUCCGAGGAGAAGCGUUACCUUGAGCGCAUUACUUGCGAGGAUCCCGACGAGACGUACCAGAACAUCCGCAAGGGCGCGGAGGUACAUCGCCAGGUCCGCCAGUACGCUCAGCGAACCAUCAAGCCCGGAAUGACCAUGACGGAAAUUGCGAACCUCAUUGAAGACGGCACGCGUGCGCUCGUUGAGGAGAAUGGGCUCGAGGCCGGCAUCGGAUUCCCCACCGGCCUCAGCCUGAACAACUGCGCUGCGCAUUACACACCUAACGCUGGAGAUACAAUCGUCCUUCAGCAGGGCGACGUGAUGAAGGUCGAUAUCGGCGUGCAAGUUAAGGGAAGGAUUGUGGACUCGGCCUUCACCAUGACCUUCGAGCCGACGUACGACAAGCUGCUUGAGGCAGUCAGGGCGGCGACUAACACUGGCAUCCGGGAAGCGGGCAUCGAUGCGCGGUUGGGUGAGAUCGCGGGUGCCAUUCAGGAGACGAUGGAGUCCUACGAGGUCGAAGUCAACGGCAAGCUAAUUCCAGUGAAGCCCAUCGCUAACCUCAGUGGUCACUCAAUCGACCGGUACACCAUCCAUGCUGGGAAGUCAGUCUGCUUGGUGAAGAACGACGAUCAGACCAAGAUGGAGGAGGGGGAGUACUUCGCCAUCGAAACCUUCGGGUCUACUGGUCGCGGGCGCGUUGUGGACGGCGGCGAAUGCUCCCACUACGCGCGCAAAGUAGAUGCUCCCCAUGUGCCAUUGAGGCUUACAACGGCGAAGUCGCUACUGAAGUCGAUCAACAAGAACUUCGGGACAAUUCCUUUCUGCAGGCGCUAUCUGGAUCGCAUCGGCGAGUCUAAAUACCUGCUGGCGCUCAACCACUUGGUCCAGCAAGGCAUUGUGGAGGAUUAUCCGCCCUUGUACGAUCAGCAGGGGUCCAUGACAGCGCAAUUUGAGCACACGAUCCUUUUGCGGCCGACUGUGAAGGAGGUGGUCAGCAGAGGCGACGAUUACUGAGGCCGAGGUAGAACCCCGUCUGUACACCACUCUACGCCUAUUACACGAGGCUCGGACGCACGAGCUCUCCCA